AUCCACAGGUCGCAGUUCGCGUGCGGCCAUUACGGAAUGAUGAGGGCCCACGAAUCGUACAUGUCGUCAGUGAUAAGAUGUUGGUGCUGGAGGAGGAGUCCGACAGUCGACGUGACGUCCUCCGUCAACGCAGAGUCAACGACAAGCAUUACAUAUAUGACAAAGUUUUCAGCGAGGAAAGCACACAGGAAGAGGUGUACGAAGCAGUAUGUGCCCCGUUAGUAGGAGAUGCGUUACGAGGGAUCGCGGGCGCGGUGUUCGCCUACGGGGCCACAGGCGCUGGGAAGACACACACCAUGACUGGUCUCAUGGCGCGCGCGCUGUCACAUCUCUUCGAGUCUAUCGCUGAAAGUGACGACCCUAAUGCUUAUGAGGUAAAGAUGUCCUACAUUGAGAUCUACAACGAGAACAUUCGCGACCUGCUCAACCCGGGUGCGGGACCUCUGGAGCUACGCGACGAGGGCGGCAACGGCGCACCCGUCGUCGCGGGACUUAGUGAGGUGCGUGCAUUAGGUGCCGCGCACGUGGCCGAGCUGUUAACCCGUAGCGACCGCGCCCGCACCGCGGAGCCCACGCACGCUAACCAACACUCUUCAAGAGGUCACGCCCUCCUAAGCGUGUCAGUAAGUAAAAAGGUGGAAGGUGGUGUACAGCGUGGUCGUCUGUUCCUUAUCGAUCUGGCCGGCUCCGAGAGAGCGGGACUGCGCUCCAGAAGAUUGGAAGGAGCACAUAUAAAUAGAUCCCUACUGGCUUUGGGUAACUGCAUCAUGGCGCUUUCAGGUGGCGCUAGAUAUGUGAACUACCGCGACUCGAAGCUGACGCGUUUGCUGCGCGAGGUGCUGGGCGGGCGCUGCCGCACCGUGAUGGUGGCGCACGCGGCGGCGGGCGGCGCGCACCGCGACACCACGCGCUCCACGCUGCACUACGCACAGCGCGCUGCGGCCAUCACCAACAGAGUGGAGCGUGAAAUAGUGGAGACUCCGAUGCACUUGUCACAAUAUCGAACGGUUAUCAACGAGCUACGAGAAGAAAUCGCGCGUCUUAAAUUCAAAAUGAAAGAUGAUCGGUCAAGUAGGACUAAAGAAGAACAGAAGACAGAAGCAAAUGACGUGAAUGUCGAAGAGCCAGUAAGCGUUCCGCACUUGAAAUCGUUACGAGAAGCGAUCGUAUCAACAUUCAAGCAGCAGAUGCGGCUACGACGGCGUCUAAUGGAGCUGGACAGCCACCUGCUGGGGCUGGCGCUGGACGCCGAGCGGCAGCACGCCGCCAUCUCGCACUGGGAGGCGAGGUUCAACAGACUCUACAAGCCCGUCAGUAUCGGCGCCAGGCUUAGCACACAACAAAGCUACAGGGGUGGUACAGGUGCGUCCGUAGCCUCCAGCGUGUCUAGUGUGGGCGAGCGCGCGGAGGCGGAGGUGGCCGUGGAGCAGGCGUGGGCGGAGCUGGCGGCGGUGGAGCGCGAGCAGGAGGCGGCUCGCAGCGAGCGCGCGCGCGUCGAGCGACAGCUCGAGCAAGUGCGACUGCGCGGGGCACAGCUAGAACAGGAGCUGCCAGCGCACAUCGGCAACGGUCCGGAGCGCGAGGUGCUGGCGCUGGUGUGCCGCGUGCACGAGCUGGAGGCGGACAAGCUGGCGCUGCAGGGCGAGCGGGCGGCGCGCGCGCACGACCUGCGCCGCCGCGACCUCGCGCUGCAGCGCCGCGACGCGCAGCGCCGCCUCACUGACGAGAUCAUUACCAGGCAACGACGCGCUCUCGAAGAGUUAGGCGUGGGCAUCCAGCCGGAGCUGGCGCAGCUGUACGAGCUGUACCAGCAGGAGAUCCACGCCUCCACCUACACAGAGACCAACGACAUCUACACGCCGCCCUACCUGCUGCCGCCCAUCUCCGCCAGCAGUUCAGAGCUGGGCUGGUCGGGCAGUUCUAGUGGGUCUGCGCGGGGCUCCAGUUCGGGCUCCGGGGGCACAGUACCAAUCGACGCGCGCCUGCCGCGACUGGCGCCUACACCGCGACCUCGCACCAAGUACAGUAAUACUAGUGCAUCGACACUGAAACGAUACGCGAGUGAUGACAGCCUGGUUAUUGCAGCGCCUCGUCGCAGUGAAGCAGCGCCUUGAACGACUCUUACGAAUAUCAGAGAUGGAUUAAAAUUUGAGAAUACUAGUUCCUUGGAACGCACAAUUAAAGGGCAGUUUGUAUGAAGUCAGCUUUCAUCGUUCACGUAUAGUCCUAUAUGUGAAUUUAUUAAAUCAGACGCCUACUUGAGUAUUUCAGCAAUUGUUUAAAAAGAAUGAAUUGUGUCUUGAGAUUUUGAAUUUGUGAUUUUCUCAAUAUGAAUGUAAUAACUGGUUAAAUUCUUGCAUGAUAAAAAUUAAUCCACAUUUUAGACUGAGUGAUA